AUUCUAUUGAUUCGUUGGAAUGCCUCUCGUUGGCAUUUGCAGUGCUAAGUAUUGGCACUUUACACAAGCACUCCAAAUUCAAACAUUAUGUUUGAAGGCAAAUGUAGCCCUAGGCCUAGAAAUUUUAUUUGUCACGUGGCAUCUCGUGUUCGUUGUGGAAAAUCACGCUAUGGCGGCGGAGGCGCUGUGCCCUCGCCUGGCGUUUCUUCAAAUCCAGCGCCGGGCGCUCUCCGAUCAAAGGCGCUUGGAUCGAUCCAGAAUCAGGUUAACACGAAGGGGUGGAAGAAUGUGGACUCUCUGUAAGCGCGCUUCGAUUUCUGCCCAGCGAUUCGUGGUGUCCGCCUCUCAUUCUUCCGAGGAAGAAGGAAAGGAGGAAACCUCGAAGAAAGCUGAUGAUUAUAGUGCAGUGUUCCAGAAGAUAACACAGUCUGACUUGACUUAUAGGCAUGAGCUGGGGAUGAAUUACAAUCGUGUUCUCCCGAAUCUCAUCGUUGGUUCCUGCUUACAGAAUCCUGCAGAUGUCGAUCGCCUAAAGAAAGACGAGAAUGUUACCACGGUGUGCAACCUCCAGCAAGAUCCUGAUAUGGCGUACUUCAACGUCGACAUCUCUGAAAUCCGUGAUCAUGCGAAGGAAGUUGGCGAUUUUAAUCAUCUUCGACUGCCAAUUCGGGACAUGGAUGGCUUUGCUCUUAGAAUGCGGCUCCCGAGUGUCAUUGCUAGCUUGUAUCAGGAGCUCAAAGACCGCGAAGGAACACUCUAUGUCCAUUGCACAGCUGGAUUGGGAAGAGCUCCUGCUGUUGCUCUUGGCUACAUGUUUUGGGUACUCGGCUACGAUUUGCAUGAAGCGUACCUUCUACUCCAGUCGAAGCGGAAGUGUGUGCCAAGCAUGGAGAACAUACGUGCAGCGACUUGUGAUCUGGUACUGAAAUCUGUCGAUCAGCUCACAGGAAUGACCAGAAGUCCCAUUGGAUUGCUCUACAGGAGAGGUACCUGCGAGCAUGUUGAAGUUGCUGGUCUAGACAUUGGCUGGCAUUCUCGCCUGCCAUUCAAUUUCAUAUCGAGAGAUGGUCACUGGACGUUAGAACACGAACUUCCUGUUGGAAGAUACGAGUACAAGUAUGUGAUUGAUAAAGAGCGAUGGACUUACAAUCCUCACGCUCCUAUAACGAACCCAGACAGAAAAGGCAACUACAACAACUACAUUGAGGUUGUAGACUCCGAUCCCGAGAACUGGGAACUCCGGCAAUAUUGGAGGAAAGAAGACGCGAAGCUGACCGACGAGCAGCGGAGCGUGAUCCUGGAGAAGCUCGAAGCCAUGGGAAGCGAGCUCUGAUACCACUAAACUCCGGCUAUUUGUAUGAAGAGACUCCAAGGCUGGACGCACAUCUGGGUGGAUUGGUGUUGUUGGCCUCUUUGCUCCACUUGCUUCCAUAGUUCCCAAGGCUGGAUUUGCUUCUCGAGGUAGAGCCGCCGCUCUUUCUAGCUCUUGGAGCAACUGAAGAGACAGAACAGGAUCAACCCAACCCAACGAAGAAGAAGAUCAAGAUCUCUACAAGAUCACGAAGGAGAGAACCUGCAACAUCGUCAAUCCUGGGAUCCGUGACGGAAGUCUUGGCGUGUCCGAACCAAGGCGGUGGAUCCGACUUCAUGGCGUGAGACGGCGGAUGGAUCUUCAAGGGGGCCGUGAUAUCGGUGUGGGGGACCGCGUAGAAAGGAUUCACGUCCUCCUUGGGCACCGAAGGCACCGGCUUGGCGAAAACUAUCCUGGUGAGCGAGCACAUCCUCCGGUGGUGGCACGGUGGUGGCACGUCCUUGAGCUGUGGGCUCUGGGAGUGACUGGGGACCGCUCGAUCCAGGCACUUGGUGAUGUUGGUAACCAGGCCAUGGUAGCUCUGCUGGUACCGCCGGUUGAGGGCGUCUUGCUUCCUCGAGGUUCUUCGUCUCGCGGGUGCUGGAUCGAAGGGGAUUGGCGGGCGACCAGCCUUGCGAUUGAGAGGCGGUAGCUUUGGAGCCGGCAUUGGCCCCUGCCGUUAAGCCGCGCUCUUGUAACUGUAAGGUUUUCACGUGACAGGGAAUAUGCUACUAGGAUC